GCUGGCGAGGGCUGGUGGAGUCGUUUAGAAUAUUUUCAUUGUGGUAGUAGAUUCAUACGAUGCUGGUUAGGCCUGUUCUGUGAUCAAGUGAAAAUGUUUUGGAGAUAAGAAUACCAAUGUGUUGCAAUGUUGUGUUACGAAAGUGUGAAGCAUAAUCGUUUCGUUUCCUUUAUUUCUGUGAUAUAGUUCUGCACAGAGGAUUAAGUUCCACAGCGAGGAUUUAUUUGCGGGUUUAUUCUUUGCAGCAGAGAAAAUGGCCGACACAAAUAUUAAGAUCUCGGCAGCACAAUGCUUGUAUUCGUGUGUACUAUUCAUAUUCCUCAUGGUCUCUGUUACUACGGGCCAAACAUUAAACACAGCAUGUAUAGAAGUUAAAAAAGCUUACUCUUCCGACAAAGGUUUCAACGAGAAUGAUGUUUCUUUAACAGCAAUAUCGGGUGCAGAGUUAUCUAUAUGUCCAAUGGCAGAAACAUGCUGUACGCGGAGUUUAGAGGAAAAACUUGUUUUACUUAGUAAAAAGGAUCAUACCAAACAGAUGGAGGAGGCUUUUAAACUUGUCAAAAAUACAUUUACAACUCAAACUAAGAAGUUUGACGAGUUUUUCACAGAAUUACUGGACAAAGCCAAGUCAAGCCUUCACGACAUGUUUUUACAAACUUACGGGCUCAUUUAUCAACAAAACGCUCAAAUUUUUACCUUGCUGUUCGAGGACCUACGGAAGUACUACAAGGGCAAGGACCUCAACCUCUUGGAAGUUAUGGACAGUUUCUUCAGCCGGUUGCUGCAGAAAAUGUUCGUGCUGACCAACGCCAACCACAACUUUGAUGACGAGUACCUGAGCUGCAUCACGGAGAGGAUGAACGAGCUCAAACCGUUUGGGGAGGUGCCCAUGAAGCUUUCGGUGCAGAUCAAGAGGGCUUUUAUUGCCGCGAGGACAUUUGUGCAAGGGUUGGCCAUCGGCCGUGAUGUUAUCAACAAUGUUGUUGAGAUACCGCCAACAGAGGGCUGCCUAAAAGCUGUGGUCAAGAUGAUGCACUGUCCACGCUGCCGUGGACUGACCUCAACCAAACCUUGCAGCAACUAUUGCAUGAACAUUAUGAAAGGAUGUUUCGCACACCACGCGGAUCUCAAUACACUGUGGAAUGCUUACAUUGAGGCAUUGAACGGCGUGGCUGCCCGUCUUGAGGGACCUUUUAACAUCGAGAUCGUGGUGGACCCAAUCAACGUCAAGAUAUCUGAGGCUAUCAUGAACUUUCAGGAGAACAGCGAAGUUAUAACACAGAAGAUCUUUGCCGGCUGUGGGGACCCCCCAACAUCAAGUCCAGAAAACGUCGCCAGGCUCAGGACACGACCGAGACCCAGAAGCAAACUUUCGAGUUCCCCACCAGCAAGAACACCGUCAAGCCCGCCCCCGGGGACAAGACGGGCAAGAGGAGGUUCCCUGCGUCCGGCAACAAGCUGGAGCGGCUGGUCAGUAACAUCAAGGACAAGGUCAACCAGACCAAAGACUUCUGGAUCAAUCUGGCACACAGCAUCUGUAACAAACGAGCAGGUGGCGGACACGUCCACAGUGGAGGACUGUUGGAAUGGUCAGGAUAGGGGCAGGUAUUUGCCUGAAGUCCAGAAAGACGGCAUCCUCAACCAGAUCAGCAACCCUGAGGUAGAGGUGGACGUGACCAAGGUCAACACGGUGGUCAGCAGACAGAAGGUGCAGCUUCAGCUCAUCACCCACAGGCUCAACAUUGCUGGGAAAGGGGAGGAUGUGGAUUGGAUAGACACUGAAAUUGAGGGAGUGUUGAGUGGCAGUGGGAGUGGGGACCUGGAACUGGGCAGUGGCUCAGGUGAUAGACCUCCAGUCACAGACGUGAACCCUGAUAUAGACAUCGACAACCAGCCAAACAAGGAGACCAAGAAGCCAACCCCCGCUCGCCCCCCACCAGAAAGGAACAACCCCCGCAAGCCAGAGGUGCCACCUAAAGCUGAUGACAGAGAGAACCGCCAACGCCCGGAGUCGUCACCCAAACCCAACAAGCCAGGCGGAAGAAAUUCAGCGUCUCUUCUAUCCAUCUCAUUAGGUGUAGUUGUACUCGUGCUUUCAUUACAUCAUGGACUAGCGGAGAUCAUGUGUUGAUAUUAAUUAUACAGAAUGGCAGAAAUUUUUUCUCAAAUACCAAGAGGAAUUCAUUUAAACCUAAAAGUUUUUUUAAUAAGUUUAAACAUAUUUUUUAUAAAGAAAUUGAACUUACUUUAACUAGGAAGAAAGUGAAUGUCAAAGAUUUCUGUUCCACUGCUUGAGUUUUACCUGGGCUAUCAGCCCUCCCUACAGAGUUUUAUUUUUAAUAUUUGAAUACCAAAGACUUUAUUAUUAUCUUCAGUACCACAUACUUUUAUUUACUUAAUUUUUAAUCUUGAAAAGAAAUUUGUUGAAGUUUUUUUUUACGUAAAGAAUGUUUUCAAAUUCUUUUAUGAAUGACCAAGAUUGAAUAUAGUUCAGCAUAGAAAAAAUGCGUACAUUAAGUAAGAAAAGACACGACAGUGCCUUUCAUUAGCUGUUAGAUCUAGCUGCUACUUAUUUAUAGACCAUAUAUUCCUACCAUGUGACAUACAUCAACCAAUCAGAAUCUGCUGCUGAGGACUAUACAAUUUAUUUUCUCAUACAGUGGUGGAUGUAUACAUUUCUACGGACUUUAUUUUUUCAUUUUCCUAAUGGAUGUGUAUGGCAAUGAAGACCUAGAGAAAUGGAAGCUUUAACUGUAAGCUAACGAACUUGGAAGCUUUAACUGUAAGCUAACGAACUUGUUCCAGGAUGGAACCUGGUCUUGUUCAUAGAACUUCAUCGACAUUUACCUUGUGCAUGGAGUAAGGAGAUGAUGAGAUAUCUCUCUAACACCAGUGGGACAUGAUGAGAUAUCUCUGUAUCACCAGUGGACCUCAAAUCAAAUUUGUACCGAGCCAUCAUAUGAUUCAACAUAAAUGUAUAUAAGCUAUUUAUGUAGAGGACAGAUUGAUCAUAUGUUGGGAGGGACAAGCGUGGUCGCUGGCCACAGAUUUGUUUGGUUUUCAGACUCUUCAAGCGGAUUGUAACUCAUUUGUGUACGAUUGUGUAAUUGAGUGAUAGUCUGUGGUGUGUCAGAGAUGGUCAGUGAUUGAAGUGGUUGUGAUGUGUGACAGAGUGGUCAGUGAUUUGUCAUGUUUGUUUGAAUGGUCAGUAAAUGCUAUUUGUGUGAUCGAGAGUUAACGAGUUGCAUAACAUUUUUUAUUUGUAAGCAUUAAGUAAGGAACAUGUAAAUAUAAAGUUUUAAAACGGGGGUACGAGCUGGACAUGAGAUAUUCAACAUGUCCGCAGCAUUAAACUAAGGUUUGGAUUUUUUUUCUCUCAAAUCUAAUUUCUUGGGUGAAACCUUUUCUUUAAGAAAAUUUUACAUGAAAAUUUUCACAGAAAAUUUCCCUUGUUAAGUCAAUUCAACUGGACCUAAGCUCUACACAUCUUAAGUCAGGGUUAUCAAAGAAAAAUAUCCAGCAUAAUAGUUCAAUUUUUAUUUAGUGUGGAUGACUUAAUUGUUUUUUAAAGUAUAUGAAAAGCACAUUUUUGAAGUUCAGUCCACAUGCUAAAUUUUAGUAUUAGGACUUUUUAAAUAACAUUUGAAAACAUAUUUAUAAAAAAAAAAUGUUUUUAUUCUAUGUAUAGAAUUGUGUGACACAAGUAGAUAUUGUAUUUUUUUAAAGUUCUCAAAUCUACAAUCUUGGCAUUGCUGUCUUUGGCUACUGCCUCCACCAUAGACACAUCAUGUUCUAUAGCAACAUUGCUGGAUUGGUCCUGGCUAAUGAUAGCAAGAAACAACUCACGUCCAUAUCUUGUAGAGCAAACUGUUGUCCACACCACUGCCCCACAUCUACCCAGUACUGCCCCACCAUUUCUUAAUACUGCCUGACCAUAACACAGUACUGCCCCACAUUGACCCAGCCCCCUCCCUACCCCAGUAGUCCACCCUAUCUCACUGUAUUCACAUUUCAAAAGCCACAGCAGUGCCCUGUCCAACAGUACUCCAUCAGCACCCCACCCCACCAUUGCCCCCAGCAGUACCCCAUCCCACCAUUGCCCCCAGCAGUACCCCAUCCCACCAUUGCCCCCAGCAGUACCCCAUCCCACCAUUGCCCCCAGCAGUACCCCAUCCCACCAUUGCCCCCAGCAGUACCCCAUCCCACCAUUGACCCCAGCAAAACCCCAUCCCACCAUUGACCCUAGCAGAACCCCAUCCCACCCUUGCCCCCAGCAGUACUGCUUGCCCCUACCCAGCAGUACCCCACCGUGCCUGUCAAGGCUGAAGUCCCAGCCACAAAGGCAGCUCUACCAUCAUGUACAUUUGACCAAAGAAAUGAGCUAAAAAUAGAUUUAUCACUCAGCAUAAAAUUAUUUUUUUUACCUAACAACAAAUUUACUGGUAUUUUUAUUUAGUGCACUUAAAGCAUUGUUUUUUAAAAUCACAUUUUUACUCAGGACAAGUCACAUACAUGUAUUAAUGAGCUAAAUCAUCUACAGUUUUUAUUCAUCUUUUUAAACAUUUUGUGUGUUUUUUUAACUACCUCAACGAUGAAGCAACCUACCGAAUUGACAUUUCAUUCAUGCAAUGAGUCAAUCCCUCACUCUUUCUUUGCUCCUGAGUUUAUGACAAUCACCACAUUAUUAGGUCCUUAGUUUAAUUAAAAAAACUAAUUAAACCAAUUAUAUUUAUUUGUAUGGAUGGAUGUGCAGCUAAUGAAUGAGUAAUCUUAAAUCUUUUUACAAAAAAGAAAAUGAUGGCCAUAUUUUAUUCAGUAUAAUGUAAACUGUCAAAAAUUCUUUGUUUUUCCCCUACCCUAAAUGUAAAUUGUUAGACUUUUUUUUCUCUCCUUUGUUCCAUUGUGUUAUGUGUGUGCCUUUUAGCUGAUCAACAAUUUGUUUCAAACUAACUACAAAAUCACAUGUAGGUGUUUUAAUAAUUUUAAUUUCGCCCACCACAAAAAUCAUUUUUUUGACUUGUCUAUUUAAUCAGUUCUACAGUCGCAAAUCUCUGCUACAAGCUUUGAGUCUAUAAACAAUUUUUUUUGGCUUCAAUCAGAGUUAUGAUCACAUGUCUUUUAUAAGUUUUAUGUUUUACAGAAGUAUAACAAUUCACUUUUUAAUGAAACUUUUAUUAGUUGUUAUACAUUUCAAGCAGCAAAGGUAUAUUAUAUUUUGACUUUUAUACUUUUAAGGUAAAGUUUUAACCUCGUAUAAAAUUUCUUUAAGAAAUUGUGGUCAGUCGAUUAUAUCAAGCUGGCUCAGCUUAUUUCUAGAUCACAAAAAAUAAUGUUAAAGAGUGAAAGCUAGUUUUUCCCACAUGUAAGUUGAAACAUGCCCACAGCCCAAGAUGGGCGACAUGCCAGAAUAAGAUGAUGUUGACGAAAGGCUGCUUUUCCUUGCCUCUGUAGAUCUCUGUCCACCCAGCUCUGAUAGGCUCCGAGGAGUGGCUGGGCAACUCUACUUCCCCUACCCCACAAACCACCAGUUCCUGAUAUUGUUGAACACGUGAGCCUCUGUGCCACUGAAGUGUUAUAAAACCCUUUGUGUUUAUGCAUAAUAAAUACAAAGACGUAAACAGAAGGUUGAAAUUUUUUUUUCCAAUGAGGAAGGUGAGUAGAUUGUAUAGAGUUAUGUGUUACUUACUGUGUAUAAAUAUCAUUGAGAAAUAUUUACAAUAAGAAAGUGUACACUUGUUACUGUAUUCAUGAUUACUUUCAUGUCCUGGACUGUAAACCCACUUGUAAAGUCCAGGCUAUUCUUUAUAGUAAUGUUGGUAUGUGCAUAAAAUAUUUGUAUGAUUUUGUAAAAUAUUAUAUGACAGCUGGGUUAGGUUUGGGGAGGGGGGUGGGUGUCAUUGGGGUGGUAUAAACUUUUGUCAGUCAUGAUUUAAACUGUAUUUACCUGUCUGUGUAUUUGUCACUUUAUUGGAACUUUGUACUUGUCAUUUUACCAGAACUUUGUACUUAGAAUUUUUUUGGAACCAGUUGUCAGUUUAUAAACAAACAUUGGGAAAAUGCUUUUUUUUUUUAAAUUUUCUCAGAAAUUUUUAAUUUUACUUUAUGGUGAUUGAAAAUUGUUAAAACUACAAAAAAAGUAUGUUGAAAGAAUCAUCAUGGUACAAUUUGUUUUUUUGUAAUGUUUACAAUAUACAUAACAUAUACAUACAACUAAAGCAUAUGCCAUGCUGAUCGAAGUUUUAUAUUUUUAUUAAAUAUUGAUACAACUAAAUUAAUUGUGAAAUGAUAUGUGUGUUUUGUACCUAUUGUCCAAGUUGUUAGACACAUAAUUUAUUCUUUUAGUAUUGAUUGAUAUAUUUGAACUAUGUAUUUAUUUUGUCUUCUGUCAAACAUUCAGUUAAAAAAAACAACUUUGGCUUGAAGCAGUAUAGACCCCCAUAGGGCAUCUUUAUUUUUUUAAAGUCACAGAAUUUUAAGAAAAACUUGUUAAGUUCAAGUGAAUUAAUUAACUGUUUUGUAUUACCAUGUGCUUUUGUUUUUGUAAUUUAAUUAGUGGACAUCAAAGUUUUAAUAAAUAACAAUAAAAUCAUUUUUGAAAUCAAAUUUAGUUUUAUGUAUGGUUCAAGUAAUUUUUUUUAUUGCAUGAAAAAAAAUUGAGAGGUAGCUCUUUUCACAUAUUUGGGUUGUGAUUCAUCUAUGUAUUUUGUUUAUCUUUAAAUUUAAAAAAGAAUUUCUGACUAUGCAAUAGUGAGAUACAUAGGAACUUGUAACAUUAUAGUGAAAUAUUUCAUCUCUGUAUAGCCCUAACAAUACAUGCAUUUAUUUUUUUAAAUUAACAUUUUAAUAGUCAUAUUGGAGUGUUUUCAUCUUGAAUGUCAAACCAUCAGUUUUUAGAAUCAACAUUUAUAUCUUGAAGUAUUUGCCGGCAUAAUUUUAGUCAUUUAAAUAAAUAAACAGCCAAAAACAUUUUCUGGCCAAAUCCUUGUUUUAACAGCUGUUACCAUUGCUAAUACAUCUUUUGUUUUAAAAGACAGCCUUCAAAAUAGUUUAGAAAAAAAAAGUUUUAACAUCUUUUGUUUUAAAAGAUAGCCUUAAAAAUAGUUUAGAAAAAAAAAGUUUUAAAAUAACCGCAGCGUUAGUUUUGCAAUUGACCAAGCACAAAUGAUUGCUGUCAAAUUGAAUCUUCUCAUUUGUUGGUGUGUGCAAGAGAUGACACAGAUGUGAUCACAGCCAAACUGGCAAGCUGGCAGCAAGUCUUAGACUGUUCUUCCAUUCACAAAUUAAAUUCUUCUAGACCCACCAGCUGUUUUUGUUAGCAUUAUAUAAACAAGUUAAUUGCCUAAUUAGUGGAUUAAAAGAGGAUUUUGUAUAUAGAAGACUGAAAUAAAUUAGACUUUUUUUUUCUCAAAAGGUUGGUUGUAUCCUGCCACUGUAGGCUUUUAUUUUGUUUUUAACUUGUGUGUUUAUAGACUUGUCAAGCUGUGGUCCUAGAUCAGUUUGUGUUGGUUCUCAUGCAUUCACGAUGUAAAGAAAUGGAAAUUAAAAAAUAUUUGUUAGUAACAAAA